AUUACAACAGUUUGGACUAGCUGGAAGACGCUUAACGCUACGCUUUGUUUGCCACUGUUUGGUGACGAUACAUAUGUGCCCAUAUCCGUUAAAGCAACCAGCUACUUAUUGUUCUUCUUGUUUCAGUCUCGUUGCGCCCAUUCAUAGAGAAUCCGUCUCGCCGGCGAGACACUGCACGUACAGUUCAAUACCAAUGAGCCCUGCCAAUCUUCGCAAGGAAAGCCCCGCAGCGCGACUGGCUCCGCCAGAAAUCUGGUGGCGAGACCUGGCUGCAUGGCUCGGGAAACGGGGAUUCUUACUCCGGCCCCGAUAUCGACCGGGGUGGAGACCCUCUUGGACUGGGUUGGGAGAGUUUGGGGUUGAUUAUGAGGACCAGAGAAUACUUAGGCGUGCCGCAAUAAUGGAUGCUACGAGGGUGUCUGACGGAGAACUGGUUAUCCUCAAAAAGAUUGACAAGUCCGAUAAUCCACGUGAGGAAGAACUAACGCAAUAUCUUUGUUCUGGACCUGUAGCGUUAGAACCUCGGAAUCAUUGCAUCCCUCUGCUCGAUAUAUUGCAUCCACCAAAUGAACCUAACGUCGUUAUUCUUGUGCUGCCACUGUUGCUGCCGUUCUACGAGCCUCGUUUCCGGACAUUUGGCGAGGCUAUCGAUUUCAUGCAACAAGCCUUCGAGGGCAUCAAGUUUCUCCAUGAUCACCUCAUCGCCCACAGGGACUGCAUGUUUAUGAAUAUUAUGAUGGACCCAAAGCCUCUUUAUCCCGACAUGUUUCAUCCUGUCGAUCCACACAAGUCACGAGAUUGGAAAGGCAAGCCAAAACACUACUCGCGAACGACACAUCCCACCAGAUACAUCUUAAUCGACUUUGGUAUCUCCCGUCGAUACAGACCGGAGGAUAUGCCGCCUCUAGAGCCUCCCGUUUGGUCGGCAGACCGUACGGUUCCAGAGAACAUAAAGGAGGAGCCGUGCAACCCUUUCCCCAUCGACAUCUACCUGAUAGCGAAUGUCAUUCGCCUGUAUUUUCUCAAUAUAUAUGAUGGCUUUGACUUCAUUUCUCCGCUCAUUACCGAUAUGAUGCAAGAUGAUCCAGAGAAGCGACCCACGAUAGAUGUAGUUAUAGCUCGCUUCGACCAGAUCGUAGGAAACCUCUCGAAGUGGAAAUUGCGCUCGAGACUCAAGAAGCAUAUCGAGUGGAGCGUUGCAGGCCUUUUUAGAUCCGGGGCACAUAUAAUCAGAACUGCUAGCUACAUGCUGAGGGGGUUGGAUCCUGUUCCAACCCCCAGGACGUAACAUCGCAUGACUUCUUUCCUUUUUUAUUUUCUGUUGGAUACCAUACGGCCUGGUGUCGCACAUACUUACCGCUGCUCAUGUUUCUCCUUGGAUUGUAGUAAUCACGCUCUUUCACUUCCACCGAUGGCGUAUGAUGCAUGAAGCGAUGUCGACCAACUUUGCAUGCACCAGAAGAUACAGACAAUGCGAACGUGAUGAUCUUCAACGCCUGCUGGAAUGAUGGUCGCUACUGACUGCACAACAAGACGGUCUAUCAUGGAAGCCUGAUGAAACGUUGCCGCAAGAGAGAACAAAAGUCUUCGGACAUG